CUGACUACGAAUUAUGCAGGUACGAUCACUGACGUUCAAGCACAUUUAUGUUUGCAAGAGCUGAUCCAGGAUGUUCCUCGGAAUAUUUGUCCACUGAUCUUUACUGCUUUUAAGAAAUGGAAUGAUUACCGAUUGGUCUGGAAUCGCUCCGAGUAUAAGGAGAUUGAAAGUGUUCGUUUCAGAAGCGAUAUGUUGUGGCGCCCCGAUAUUCUGCUCUACAACAGUGGUGCUGAAAAUUUCGACUCGACUUAUAAAAGUCAAAUGUUAGUGUACAGCAACGGUGAUGUAACGUGGAUUCCGCCUGGCAUUUUCCGCACGUCCUGCAAGAUCGAUGUCACCUGGUUCCCGUUCGACGACCUUUCCUUUUGGCUCCUGGACAUACAAUGGCUUAGCGCUGGAUCUCAAAGUACAUCGGUUAAACGCGAAGAGACCUAUUACAAGUGCUGCUCGGAGCCAUACUAUUCCGUGAAAUUCUUCCUAAAUGUACGCCGUCGAACAUUUUAUUAUGGCUUCAACGUGAUUAUACCAUCACUGCUUAUUGCCAUGCUUACCACGCUUGCGUUCACUUUGCCGCCGCUCGAUUUGUCGGAAAAAAUUGGCUUUCGUGAGUUCUCCUUGCAUGCUGCUUUACAGAAAACAAAUGAACUGAACUAAAA